AUGUCCAGCAUCCUAAAAAUCCCCAUCGUCUACUGCGGCCUCGGCAAAAACAGGCCCGUGCCAGGCCACGCGCCGACACCGGAGCUCAGCAUCCGUCCGGGACGCGCUGGCGGAGGUGCGGAGCCUCGCGUCGGCUGGCGGGGCUCAUUCAACUCGGCUAUUCGCCUCCCAAAAGCGGAUCAAGAGAAUCGUUACAUCAGCAGCCGCACAGUGCGUCCUGCUCAGCCGGGUCAUCAGCGCAGGGGCGGGGCAGGACAGCCACGGGGGCGCGGCAAAGAGCCCGUUUCUGCUUCCCUGAACCACGAGGGCCCGCAGGCCGCCCGGCCUGGCCGACGCACCCUCGGCGGCUCUUCCCAGCAGGGGCAGGCGUGGAGCUCACAGACUCCCCGACCCCCGACGGUCCACGGCGGACCUUCUGCCUCCGCGGAGACAGCGAGCAAGAGGAGACGCCCGCUUGCGCCGUGGGCAACACCGACACCCGCCCACGCCGGCCUAGGAGUCGCCGCGGGCCUCUGCGCCGCGUCGGGAGGGGGACACCUGGCCUGGCGGGGCUCCCGCGAUCACGCUCCUCUCCUUCUCCUCGGUUCCCUCGCUCAGCGCGCCGGUCCCCCGAGCUCUGCGCCCGCCACCCACCUAGAAGGGACAGAACGUGCCCGGGUCGGGUUACAAGGACACCGGGCGGGCCGCGCAGCUCUCGGCUCCGGCGCGCCCACGCGGGGAGAGACACGGGCGCGCGCGACCGUCCGGGCCGGUUCGCCGGGCAGCAGGCCGCGGCCCGGGAGCGCCCGGCAGCGCGUUAACGCGGGCUCUGCGGGCGGCGCGGACGCGGUGGCCGGGGGCUCUGCACGGCGGCCCGGGACGGCGGCCCCGAGGAGCCACGGCAGCAGCCCGCGGUCCACCCGCCGGACCCGGCCGGGCGGCCCCGACCCACCGGCCUUCGGAGCGUGGCCCGCGGCGCUCGCGCCUGCCCCGCACCCGCAGGCGGCCCGGGCUCGGGCAGGAGGACGCGCGCAGUCGCGACGCCCCGAAGGACGGGCCCUCGGAGCCCCUCGGAGCCGCCGUCGGGGAGCGCCGCCCGCGAAGGCCGGCCCGGCCCGGAGCCGAACGUCCGAGGCCGCGGGCUCCCGUCACGCCCCGGCCCGAGACGCCCCGACCGGCCGCGGGAGCCCCGGGACUCUGAGGCGGACAAGCUUCUCUCCGAGCGGGGGCGGGGGGCCGGCGCCGUCUCCGUCCGCUUCGCCGCGGGGCCGUCCGCAGCGCGAGCCGGAGCCGCGGGAGCGACGGGGCGGCCCGCGGCGCUCGGCCCCGGUCCCCGCGGGAGCCCCGGGCGCGGGUGCGCGCGAGCGGCGGGUGCAGGGCCGUGUCGCCGCCGGGGCGCGAGCCGCGGGGCCUCCUCCGGAGGGCGGGAAAGCCGCGCGCUCGGACCACGCUCCUCGCGGCGACGGCGCUCGGCUCCGCGGCGACGGCGCUCGGCUCCACAGCGCCCCCCGCCGGAAGCGGCCGUCGGAAGGAAGCGGCCGUCGGCCGGAAGCGGUCGUCGGCCGGAAGCGGUCGUCGGCCGGAAGCGGUCGUCGGCCGGAAGCGGCCGUCGGAAGGAAGCGGCCGUCGGCCGGAAGCGGCCGUCGGCCGGAAGCGGCCGUCGGCCGGAAGCGGCCGUGGGCCGGAAGCGGCCGUCGGCCGGAAGCGGCCGUCGGCCGGAAGCGGCCGUCGGCCGGAAGCGGCCGUCGGCCGGAAGCGGCCGUCGGCCGGAAGCGGCCGUCGGCCGGAAGCGGCCGACGCGGGGCGGCUCCCGGGAGCGCACGCGGCCGGUGUUCCGAGGCGUCCUCUGUGGCGAGGGCGGUUAGCAGGGGCCACGCGGUCUCGACGACCUUCGUGUCCGUAGCAGAUGGCCACGGGUGCGGGCGCUGGCUUUCACCUAAACUUAUAGUAACUGAGGAACGCAAACCCCGGAGCGGGAGGACGCGGCCCCGGAGGAGACAACGCAGGAGCGGCCGCCCGGCGCGGCGGACGGACAGACGGGGCGGCGGCGACCGCGAGGACACGAGCGCGCGAGCUGCGCGUGCCGCGGGACCGCCGCGGGGCCGGCGCUGGCCGAGACCCAGGGAACUCGGCAGCCUGCGUAAGCUGCGGGUCCCAGACGCUUCCCUCGGGCCGGACCGACCGCCAGGCGUCGACGUCAGACCUCGGGAUCUGCCGACCGCGGAGACGUCCGGGAGCUCGGGACCCGCGCGGCGCCUCGGCCGCCGGGGCCGGGGACCCCACAGGCAGCCCGGGCGCGGGGUACGCCGCGGGCCGAAGGGCGGCACCGAGGGGGCCCUGAAGCGGCUAAAGCUCGCGGUGGAGGAGUUCGUGCAGGCGAGCUCCGAGGGUGAGAUCCCCGGCGGCGCCGCGGGGCCCCCCACGGGCGGGCGCGUGCGGCCGGGCGGGAGGAAGAGCCGCAAGGAGCUGAGGAAGGAGAAGCGGCACCUGAGGAAGGCGCGCCGGCUGCGGAGGACUGCGGGGCUCGCGGAGGGCCCGCGUGCGGGCGGCGGCGGCGGAGCCGGGGGAACGGGCGGCCCCCGGGCGGCGGCGGCGGCGGCGGCGGGAGAGGGCGGCCGGCCGUCCCCUCGUCGGGCCCCGCCGCCGCCGCCGGAGGAGCUGCGACCUCCCCAGGCCAAGGGCGCCCGGGCCCGCCCCGAGCCCAGAGCCCCCCCCGGGACCCCCAGGCCCUCUGCAGCCGCCGCUGCCGCUCGGAAACGGGCACUUCUGGCGGCCAACGAGGAGGAGGACCGGGAGAUCCGGAAGCUGGAGCGGCGCCUCGGCUUGAACAAGCGCAAGAGGAAGGGCGGCGGGAGCUCCGUGCCGCUCAGCUUCGCCCGGGAUGGGCUCGACUACCUCCUGGGGGCCCUGGAGCCUGGACACAACGGCGGCUGGGGCGAAGGCGGCCGCGCGGAGGACGAGGACGAGGACGAGGACGAGGAGGAGGAGGAGGAGGACGCCGGACAGACGCUGCCGGACAGCGGCACCGACGGCGGCACCGACAGCGACAGCGACACCGACGGCGGCACCGACGGCGGCACGGAGGGCGAAGGGCAGCACGAGGCUGAGGAAGAAGAGGGCCGGCCGGGAGCAGAAGCCGGAGCAGAGACCGAGCGCGCGGACGCGGACGACGACGGGCAACCAGCCCCGCAAGGGCGAGCCGCGUGCGGGAGGAGCGGAAGGAGAGUCCGUUUCGCGGACGGAGGGAGGGAGCCGGCCCCGGAGGACCCGGACGCAGCGGACCAGCAGAGUCUCUGUGAGAACGAGGGCAAGUACAUCCCCCCUCACGUGAGGCAAGCUGAGGAAACCGCGAGUGGUCAGAAAAAGGAGGGCCUGGAGAGGCUGCAGAAACAUGUCAAAGGUCUGAUCAACAGGUUGAGCGAGCCGAGCGUGGCCUCCAUCAGCGGGCAGCUGGAGGAGCUGUACACGGCCCACAGCAGGAAAGACAUGAACAGCACCCUGACGGGCGUCCUCCUGAGCGCCUGCGCGCCCGCCGCCGCCAUGCCCAGCCGGCUGGUGAUGGAGCCCGUGCUGGUGCUCAGCAUCCUUCACCACACGGUCGGGGUCGAGGUCGGUGCUCACUUUCUGGAGGCCGUGGUGAAGAGGUUUGAUGCCGCCUAUAAGAACGGAGGCGAAGGGAAGGAGUGUGAGAACCUGCUCACCGUCGUUGCUCAUUUGUAUAACUUCCACGUGGUGCACGCUUGCCUGGUCUUUGACAUUUUGAAAAAGCUUAUUGGGACUUUCACAGAAAAAGAUAUUGAACUGACCCUAUUAAUGCUGAAAACCGUGGGCUUCUCGUUGAGAAAAGAUGAUGCUCUGUCACUCAAGGAACUGAUCGUGGAGGCCCAGGCCAAAGCCAGUGCGGCCAGCGGCAAGUUCCAGGACCAGACCAGGGUUCGGUUUAUGCUGGAGACCAUGUUGGCGCUGAAGAACAAUGACGUGCGGAAGAUCCCGGGCCAUGACCCUGAGCCUGUGGAGAAGCUCAGGAAGUUACAGAGAGCGUUGGUGCGCAGCGCCGGCUCGGGUGCCGAAACUCAGCUCCGCAUCUCCUGGGACAGCAUCCUGAAUGCCGAGCAGACCGGCCGCUGGUGGAUCGUGGGGUCCGUGUGGACUGGGACCCCUAUGAUUGACAACGGUCAGCAGAAGAUCGCAGAGAAGCCGCCCUCGGGGACGGUUAGUGGGAAGAUACUAGAACUCGCCCGAAAGCAAAGAAUGAACACCGAUGUCAGGAGGAACAUAUUCUGUACAAUAAUGACUAGUGAAGAUUUCUUGGACGCGUUUGAGAAGCUUCUGAAGCUGCGGCUGAAGGACCAGCAGGAGCGGGAGAUCGUUCACGUCCUCCUGGAUUGCUGCCUUCAAGAGAAGACCUACAACCCUUUCUACGCGUUCCUGGCUGGCAAGUUCUGCGAAUACCAGAGAAGGUUCCAGAUGACUUUCCAGUUCAGCAUAUGGGAUAAAUUUCGGGACUUAGAAAAUUUGCCAGCCACUAAUUUCUCUAAUUUGGUUCACCUGGUAGCCCACUUGUUGAAGACGAAAUCACUUCCGCUUUCUAUUUUAAAGGUAGUGGAAUUCGGCGAACUGGAUAAACCCAGAGUCCGCUUUUUACGAAAAGUGUUAUAUAUUGUGUUAAUGGAAACAGAAGCGGAAGACCUUGGUUCAAUUUUUGCCAGAGUGAGCGACAGCCCGAAGCUGGGCCUGCUGAGAGAAGGUCUGAAGCUCUUCAUCGGCCACUUCCUGCUGAGGGGCGCGCCGGCGAGCACGAGCGGGGAGGCGGCCGAACGGCUGAGGGCGAGGGCCGACCUCUCCACCAAGGCUCUGCAGGGCAAGGCUUCCCUGAUGAUGUAGUCCCGAAGCAGAGAGGAGCGGCCCGCGCAUUUCUCUGAAAAUGCCCUUUUUAAACCCAGAAGGCUUGUUACGCCGCUGGCUGCGUGUGCAGGUGGCAGGGCUCUGCCACGGGCUGCUGUGCUUGAGAUCCUGCGUUUCCAGUAAUUUUUAAAUUCAUGGUCAUACUGUGUUUCUGU